CUGGGAAGAUGGCGGCCUGGGUACCCUGUCGGAGGUGGGUGUGGGCGGCAGUGUCCUUCGGCCGUCCCCGAGGCCCGUUCGCUUCGCUAGCUCGAAAGCCCCCACGGGCAUGGUGGCUACCAGGUUUUAACUCAGCUCAUUUUCCCAUGCUCUGAACCUUUGAACCUGGCUGACAGGUAAAGGCGAUAGCUUAAAGCUUUUCAUUGGUUCUUGUGUGCUUGGGGAGUGUGUGUGGUUUGCUGGUGUUUGUGACACACGGUUUCACUGUAGAAUCUCUGUGUGCAGUGUGAUAAUAAUCUCACUGUGCAGGAAAGGGUGACCUGGAGCUCUUGGCCAUCACAUCCUGCCUGUGACUCGUGAGUGCUUACUGUCACUCUAGCCUCUCUAAUAACUGACAAAACACAAACUGGACAAAUUGAAAAUGGGAAAAAUUUUAGCAGUACACAUGAGAGAGAUCAACCACAAGUCAUUUAAUGGUUUUUUUUUGUUUGUUUGUUUUGUUUUUAAAUGAGGGCUAACAAGGAUAGCUCUGCAAGUAAACGCACUUGCCACCAAGACUGGCACCUGGACCUACAAGGUGGAGGGAGAGCCCAUGUCCUGAGUUCCUCAUAUAUGCUUAGUAUGUGUAUAUGACACUAAAUAAGUAACUUUAAAAAAAAACUUUUAAAAAUAAAAUAAAAGAUUUAUUGGUUGGGAAAAUGACUAUUCAGAAAUAUUCAAGCCUGCCUUUGGAAGGAAGAAAGUAUGAUUUUUUUUAAGUGUUUAUAUGGCUUUGAUUUUUUUAAUGUUGAUUUUUUAUUGGGGAAAUUAAAACAAUGAACUGGAGUAGCCCUGUAAGAUUCACAUUUUUCCUGUUAUAUUUAAAUAACCCUUUGUGUAUCACCUACAGAAAAAACAGCCAACAAAAGUAAACACAGCGAUUACAGAGUUGUAUGAGAAGAAUUUUUCCCAGAGUGCUGCUUGAUCCAGUAUUAUCUUUAAAGGAACAACCUUUUGAAACUCCAUUUGCUUUCAGACAAAAGGUAUCACUCUCUUUCCUUAACCGACCAGACCUUCCAAGCCUGGCUUAUAAGAAGCUAAAAGGCAAAACCCCAGGAAUUAUCUUCAUCCCGGGCUAUCUUUCUGAUAUGAAUGGUAAAAAGGCACUGGCAAUUGAGGAGUUUUGCAAAUCUCUAGGUCACGCCUGUAUAAGGUUUGACUACUCAGGAAUUGGAAAUUCAGAUGGGAACUUAGCAGAAUGCACAGUGGGGAAGUGGAGAAAGGAUGUCCUCUCUAUACUUGAUGAUGUAGCUGAAGGGCCACAGAUACUGGUCGGAUCUAGCCUCGGUGGAUGGCUCAUGCUGCAUGCUGCAAUCGCACGGCCUGAAAAGGUCGCAGCUCUUAUCGGUAUAGCUACUGCUGCAGAUGGCCUGGUGACACAGUUCCGUGCACUUUCUGUUGAGGCGCAAAAGGAAAUAGAAGUGAAAGGGGAGUGGACCUUACCAUCUAAAUACAACGAAGAAGGAUUUUACCACGUUCCAUACAGUUUCAUUAAAGAAGCGGAACACCACUGCUUGUUACAUAGCCCCAUUCCUGUGACCUGCCCUGUGCGCUUGCUCCAUGGCAUGAAGGACAACAUAAUGCCUUGGCACACGUCUCUGCAGGUCGCUGACCGAAUUGUCGGCCCAGAUGUAGAUGUCAUCCUUCGGAAAGACGGUGACCACAGGAUGAAGGAAAAAGCAGAUAUUCAUCUGCUUGUUUGCACUAUUGAUGACUUGAUUGACAAGCUGUCAACUGUAGUUCACUAGAAUCACACUUGUGAUUGCUAUGCACUCUAAUGCACCCAGAAGAUUGAAAGAAUGAUAGUAAAUCAAAGACCCAGAUACAUUAGGGUUUAUCUCUUUUAUUUUGUAAAUACCCAAUAAGUAUUUAUUUAAUGAUGUCUUUGCACAGCUACACAAAUUGUGACAAAAGUAUUAGCUGCUGUUUGGAAAAUUUUUCCUUCCUUUUAUCGUUGAUAUUUUUCCCAUUAAAGUAGUACCUAUUUUUUUAUUCAAGAGUUAUUUACCUUUCUUAUGCAUACUUUAGCGGUGCCAGCACUUGUGUUCCCUUCUACUACAAUAAAGCUUGAAUAUUUUGGUUUUUGUUUGGUACCAUUAUA